AUGUUUCAUUACUUUUAUUUGUUACUUUCAUGUUCAAUAUUAUGGAGUAUUAAAUGUCAACAUCAAGAUUUCAGUUCUGUUACUGAUACUUCUACUUCUACUACUACUACUACUACUACUACUACUACUACUACUACUAGAUCAUCAAGUGUAGCUGAUAACAGAUCUAUUAUGAUUGAAGGAAUUCUUCCAGGUGUUGGUUUACUUACUGGGAUUUUAAUUAUUCUAAUAUUGCUUAUAAAUUGUUGCAAGCCUAAUAAAUUAAACGAUAGUAUGAAUCGAGUCAAAAUAUCAUUUUCACAUCAUGAUCAAACAAAAAUUUGGUCGACCAAUUUAGAAAAUGAAACUACUCAGGCAUACGGAAAUUUACAAUAUGAUAAUGAUGAAUAUCAUUGGGAUGAAAAUACUUUUACAAGUAGUUGUACAUCUAAAAUUCAGUCAAUUAUCGAUGACACAUCAUCAGUGGACUUAGGAACACAAGAAAUUGAUGGAAACGAUUGUUGUGCUACAUUGAACGAUGCUACAUCAGUGACAAUGGGAAAAACGUAA